UGAAAACUGAGAUGGUGAGGAAAAAGCAACGGGAGGAGAGACCAUGGAGGGGGAACGCUGGAUGUAUUAGCUUCUCUGCUAAUUUAGGGAACUAUUUCAACUUAUCGACCACUUUCGCUCGCUCAAAUCAAAUCACGUCCAUGCGGAGUCAGCUGGUGUGUACUUCAUGUGCUCGGGAAACGUCGUAAAUCUCCCGAACAUUACAAACAUUCAGCGUCAGUGUGACCGCAGACAGUUAGCACAGCCCGACCAAAGUUAGCCUGUUCCGGCUAACUUAGCCUGCCUCGGCUAGCAAGGAAAGGACAAAAACAGGCGAGUGGGAAAAGGGGAUUUUAUGCUACAAGUGGCGCUAAAGUAACUCGUAAUGUUGCCUCCUGGGAUUAACUUCAGAUACGGAUGAGAACGAGUUUGGCGACCGUGGAGAAGACCGAGAACAACUGCGAGCCAGAGCGCCACUGCUAUGUUGGGGUUGAUUCGCGGCUCUGGCAGCCCGUCUGAGUCCCCAGCUUGGCCACAAUCGGUGCUGUGGAGGCUGGGGGGCUUCUUCUUCCUGCUGCUGCUGCUGGAAGGAACCGGGUGCCUCUCCAGCCCGAGCAGCCCUUCAGGCAUCAUCAACAACAACAACAACAACCAGCCGAGUGUCAAUAUUUACAUGAGUGUGGAAGAAGUGAAGAAGCUUUUGGGCUUAGACGCAGAGCUUUACUACGUACGAGAUGAUGUAGUGAACCACUAUGCACUCUCCUUCACCCUACCUGUUCCUAGUGAAACCAACAGCCUUCACUUCACAUGGCAUUCCAAGACAAAGGUUGACUACAGGCUUGGCUUCCAUGUGGAGAACGCUGUUGCCAUGAACCUACCAAGAAGCAACAUCUCCAGUCAGGGGGAGGUUCCCCGUGUUCCCUCUGUCUUCAGAGUGGACCUCUUCUGUUCCGGCAAAGUAGAUGGAGAGGCUGUUGCGACAGUGCAGCUCAAUCUGACCAUCCACCCCAACAACUACACAGUGCUCAACUUCAAGAGGAGGAAAAUGUGCUACAAGAGAAUAGAUUCUGACUCCAAGAUUCCCAUUCCCCUCAACAAUAACACUCUUCAGCGGCCCGACUUAGAUGGUGUGACCGCCCCCACCAGCUCCACUCAGGUGUUCUACAUAAGCGUGAGUGUGUGCUGCAUCGUCAUCUUCCUUGUGGCCAUCAUCCUUGCCAUCCUUCAUCUGCACAGCAUGAAGAGAGUUGAGAUGGAGGACAGUGUGAGUGACAGUGGGAGCUCACAGGGUCUGUCUCAGCCAUCGACACAGACCACACAAUACCUGAGAGCUGACACACCAAACAACGCAGCCCCCGUCACAAACAAUCACCCUGGUUCUGCACCAAUCCUCCAGCUUGCUGCCUCCUCCUUCCAAAACCCUGGUGCUCCCCCUAAUGAAACCAAAAGCUACCCAUCUCUCCGCAUAGAGAAAAAUGACCUGAGGAGUGUUACUCUUAUGGAGGCCAAAGCUAAAGUGAAAGACAUUGCCAUCUCGAGGGAGAGAGUCACUCUACGAGACGUCUUGCAUGAAGGCACGUUUGGCCGCAUCUUCCAUGGUGUUCUUCUGGACGAAAAAGACCCCAGCAAGGAGAAGCAGGUCUUUGUGAAGACAGUGAAAGAUCAUGCAUCCGAAGUGCAGGUGACCAUGAUGUUGACUGAAAGUUGCAAACUCCGUGGACUUCAUCACAGAAACCUGCUGCCCAUAAGUCAUGUAUGCACGGAGGAAGGAGAGAAGCCAAUGGUGCUGUUGCCCUUCAUGGCUUGGGGGAAUCUCAAGCUGUUCUUGCGACAGUGCAAGCUAGCUGAGGCUAACAACCCACAGGCAAUCUCUCAACAAGACUUGGUUUACAUGGCAAUUCAGAUUGCAUGUGGGAUGAGCUACCUGGCUCGUCGGGAGGUCAUACACAAAGACCUCGCUGCCAGGAACUGCGUCAUUGACGACAACAUGCAGGUGAAGAUUACAGACAACGCCCUGGCUCGGGACCUAUUUCCCAUGGAUUACCACUGUCUAGGGGAUAAUGAGAACCGGCCCGUUCGCUGGAUGGCCCUGGAAAGUUUGCUCAACAAUGACUUCUCUAGUGCAAGUGAUGUGUGGGCCUUCGGAGUGACCCUGUGGGAACUGAUGACCCUGGGUCAGACCCCCUACGUCGACAUCGACCCCUUUGAGAUGUCGGCCUAUCUGAAGGAUGGGUACAGAAUAGCACAACCCAUCAACUGUCCAGAUGAACUGUUUGCAGUGAUGGCUUGUUGCUGGGCCCUGGACCCAGAGGAAAGGCCCAAAUUCCAGCAGCUUGUUCAGUGUCUCACAGAAUUCCACGCAGCGCUGGGGGCGUACGUGUGAAAGCUUUUUUGUUUAUAUAUAUAUAUAUAUAU